UUCAACGUGGGACCGGGGGUUGUUCGGCAUCUCAUUCUAGCCGGGCAUGAUGUCCACGUGGUCUCAGGCGCUCCUGACUUUGUAUUCACUUCUGAAAUACAAUCACCAAGGCUCUUCAUCCGCAAGGUUGUGUUGGACUGUGGGGCUGUUCAAGCAGAUGCUUUGACGGUUGAUCGUCUUGCCUCCUUGGAAAAGUAUUCUGAGAUGGUGGUACUAUGUCGGGCAUCAAUUUUAGCAACUGAAGUUGAGUGGCUGAACUCCAUCAAGGCUGACUUAGUGGUCUCCGAUGUUGUUCCUAUUGCAUGCCGAGCAGCUGCAGAUGCUGGAAUUCGUUCUGUAUGUGUCACUAACUUCAGUUGGGAUUUUAUCUAUACAGAAUAUGUGAUGGCUGCCGGAUAUCACCAUAGUUCAAUCCUUUGGCAGAUUGCUGAAGAUUAUGCGCAUAGUGAGUUUCUAAUCCGUCUACCGGGGUAUAGCCCAAUGCCAGCAUUUCGUAAUGUUAUUGAUGUACCCCUUGUCGUAAGGAGAUUGCACAAGUCCAGAGAAGAGGUGAGGAAAACUCUUGGAGUUGAGGAUGAUGUGAAGAUAGUAAUUUUUAAUUUUGGUGGGCAGCCAGCUGGUUGGAAGUUAAAGGAGGAGUACUUACCUGCUGGUUGGUUGUGCCUGGUUUGCGGCGCUUCUGAAAAUCAGGAGAUUCCCCCUAGGUUUAUAAAGCUUGCAAAAGAUGUUUACACCCCUGACCUAAUAGCAGCUUCUGAUUGCAUGCUCGGAAAGAUUGGAUACGGCACAGUUAGUGAAGCCCUGGCAUACAAGUUGCCAUUGAUCUUCAUACGUCGAGAUCAUUUCAGUGAAGAACCAUUUUUGAGAAAGAUGCUCGAGUUCUACCAAGGUGGUGUGGAGAUGAUUAGAAGGGAUUUGCUCAGUGGAAAUUGGACAACCUAUCUUGAACGUGCUGUUAGCUUGACACCAUGCUACGAGGGAGGUACCAAUGGAGGCGAGCUGGCUGCUCACAUACUGCGAGAUACAGCCAAUGGAAAGAAUUAUGUGUCAGAUAAGCAUUCUGGAGCAAGGAGAUUGCAGGAUGCAAGAGUACUUGGAUAUCAACCACAGAGGGUUCCUCAAAAUGAUAUUCUUGUUCCAGAUUGGUAUACUCCUGCAUACAAUGAACUUGGUCUUCAUAACUAAUUUGGAGGGUUCUUCACCAGGUACAAUCAUCUAGAUGUAUUUCUAUCAAUUUCUUCUGUGUAGAAGUCUGCAAUAUGCCCAACAAACUGGGUCUAUCAGGGGGAUUAAGGAAGAAAAAUACAUAGUUGCUGAGAGCCAUUGCUAGUGAACCCCUUAGAGUAGAUGAUAUUGGAUUAUUUUUCAGUCAUACAACUGAAGUAUGAAAUUAUUUAGCCAUGGAGUUGUCAGGAAUGUGAAUAAGCAUAGUAAUUGCAGA